GUCAAAAACGUCAAAAAAUGAAUGGAAAAAACAACUCGAGUUUAAUAAAGUUUUUCAAAAAUCUUUUUUGCAAUUAAUAAAUAAUUCUUAAAAAUAUAAUUCGAUAAAACAAGUGAUCUCAAAAAAAUGUCUUCUCCCGAACCACCUUUAGAGAAAAUUCAAGUUAAACAAGAAAAACUUGAUCCUGAAAUCGAACAAAAACUUAACCCAAAUCUUUUGCUACCCGAUUCAACCAAUGUACAGGAUCCCCCGGAUGGAGGAGAAUCACAAGUCGAAGAACAAGAGAAAAAAAAUAUCGAACCAGUAAAAUCUUCAAAUGAAAUUCUUGCAGAACUCUUUAUGGUAUUUAAUGCAACUCCACCCGAAGAACUAUUAAGCACAGAUAAAGCAUCCAGAAAAUCUAAAAAAGAACACAAAAAAUCCAAGCACAAGAAAAGUAAGAAAAAUAAAAAGAGAAAAGCCGACGAAAGUGGUAACAGGUCUGACAAUGAAUCGCACGAAUCUGAAAAUAAAAAAAUUAAACGUGAAAAUCACAAACAUAAACAUAAGAAAUCUAAAGAAAAGGAAAAAGAUAAAGAUGAGCAGAAGAUAUCAGCUGCAUCCGAUGGUACCGUAAUUAUGGCUGCUGAUUCGUCUUCCUCAAGCAAACUGAAGCACACUAUCAAAAAGGAGCCUCUCGAUGAAGCUAGCAUAAAAGUUGAAAAGUCGCAAAGCAAACGCGAGAGCCGCAGCAGAGUUGAGAAGCGUCUUCGGAACUGCACUCGUGUGGAAGAAUGUUCCGAUGUUUCUCUCUCCGACGAAGAAACGUAUCUACGUGAACGAAGUCAUUACAGAGACAAAGAUACAGAGGUAAGUUCACGUUCGUCCAAAUACGCCGACCGGCGACGAAAUUCCUUUUACAGAACCAGCAGCAGCUACUAUUCGGGAGAUCGAGUCGACAGAAGCCAUCAGCGCCAUCAUCAUCAUGACCGCUCUCGGUCUAGGUCCCGCCACAGGACUCGUUCUCGAUCGCGCUCGAAGCAAAGGUCAAGUCUUGGCAUUGACAAGAAACGUUUGCUGGAAAUAGCUCGAAAGAACGCUAUAACAAUGUUCAAAAGCGGUUCUCUUCCGGGCUGUGACGGCAUGAGCGAAGAAGUUAAGGACAAAGUUCUCAUGAAGAUGCGUUAUGGGGGCAAAACCGUCCAAGAUCUGACAAAUUUUUGUCGUAAACUGAGCAAGGGCGAAAACUAUGAUGAUUUGUCAGAGUUCUCAUCCGAUGAGCAAUCUGAUGUCGAUAAACAAGGAAAUGCUAAAGCUUUCCAUCAUCCAUUUAUCCUUAAAGAUCGCGAACCAAUUGUAAUGCAUAUUAAGAAUGCAAUUCCCAUCGCACCAAAAACUGCUGAUCAAAAGAAAGCUAUAACAAUGCAGUUUCCGGUUUCGUCAGGGCAACAACAUCGUCUAACUGAAGGAUGGGUUCCAGUUCCAGCUAAGGAACCUGAACCUCCUGCACCGGCUGCAAUCGUAGCAAAACAAAUCCCACCAAAAACAGUGGGUGUCCCGAAAAAUGUUUUUCAGAAACAGUUGCCAGUGGAGGAACAACAGCCGGCCUUUAAGCCGGUUGGUACUAAUGAAGCCGUUGCAAAUGCUACUGAAAACGUAGGAACAACACCAACAACUGAGGAGACUUUAACUUCUGUGCCAGCAAUUGUUCCACCUCCAGCAGUUCCCGCAGUAGUAGCAAAUGAAGCUCCUGCUCCCGUGCCGACUAUUUUCCCUGCAGCCGCAGCCAACAUUGAUGUAUCAACAAUCAUCAGUCAGAGAUUGAGUGCGAUGCGUCGUUUGCAAGAAAACCCAAUGGAUUGCGAAGCUAUUAAGAUGAUGUACACGUCUCAGAAGGAGAUGACAUCAUGGGCAUCGUCAAAACACAUGCCUGGUCAGUUUACUGGGAGUACUGGCGCUAAUAUUCUAUCUGCUCGAGAACUAACCAAAGGGAGUCAAGCUUGGGCUCGCAAGGACCAAUUGACAUCAACAGUUCCAGUGAGUGGCGGUAUGGGAAUGCAUUUGCUUAAGAAAAUGGGCUGGAAACCAGGUGAAGGACUCGGACGCGAGAAGACUGGCUCUUUGCAACCACUUUUGCUUGAUGUAAAAUUGGAUAAGCGUGGACUUGUGGCAGAUGAGGAAGUCAAUGGUAAUCGGCAGCAAGCAUCUAAUUCUUCGAAACGUAAAAAGAAUGUUGGUGGUGGCCAAGCGGCAGCUAAGCAAGCUAUUGACAGUAAACAUCCAGUCUGCUUGCUGAAUGAGUUAUCUUCGAAGAGAAAGUGGACACCUCCGAUGUACGAAUUGGUAUUAGAUGAGGGCCCAUCGCAUAGUAAGGUUUUUGUCUUUAGUGUUAAUGUAAAUGGACAAAUAUAUAAUCCCGGGACUGGUGGAAACACAAAGAAGGAAGCCAAAAUGUUGACUGCUAAAUUUUGCCUCCAACAAAUGGGAGUUCUGUCUUAAGAAGAGAAUGAAUUGUUGUGUUACGGUCUAUCUAUAAAUAGUUAACCAAUAAAAAUAAAACGACAUCCUUUGUAUAUAACUUAACAAACUAGUGUGUCAUAUGAUUGAGCAUAGCUAUAUGGAAAAAUAGGCGACGAUGAUAUGAGGGUUUCUGUGAUUUCGAAACUUUAAAGUUGUAAUACCUUCGUAUAAGUAAGUAUUACCUAUGUUGAUGUUCGUUCCAUCUUACUUAAUUAUCUAUGUAAUAAAGUUGCUUUUUAA